UCUAAGAGGGUGCAUUUCUUCAUAGCCAUUGGUCCUCUCUUUACUACUACUCAAUAUUAACAGCAAAACGGGCGAAUCGGGAGGAUUUAAAUUGAAUAUUCAUAUAUUGCAUGUAAAACAGUCUCCGCACCGCCUACUGUUUUUUAAUAAAGCCAAUCAGGAUGAGUUUAGAUUCAAUCAACGCCCGCCUUUAGUUUUGAUUUGUUAAAAAAAAUAAACGCGCUCUCUGAUUGGCUGUACGUGUGAUAAAAUUAAGUAUUCGCGUAACUGUCUUGAAUGGCCAAUGAGCGUUUUACUACGGCGAUCCAUGUCCCACCUCCCGAAGAGGCAGUCCCUGUGUUAGUGAGUGUGAAACCCCGUAGUAUGCAGUCGGUCUAUAAAGGCAAGCGUUGAGCAGCUUCAUGCUCAGAAGCGCUCAGAGCGCUCCACAGUGUAGAUCAGGAAAAGGGAAGGGAGCAGUCGGUGGCCAUCUUACUUAGGACCAAAAUACAAAUAAUUAGGCUAUAAAGGCAACCGACAGCAGAGGUCCCUGGGAUAUCGCCUUCGGAGACUUUCCGGUCACCGUUGGCGGCCUGACCAGAGUCGUGGUGACAAUUUAAAGCCUGUUCCUGCUCACAAAGCGGCGUGCCGAGGAAGGACGCGUCUCUUUGAAUAGACAGGAUGCACGGACCGCCCUCCGGCGACAGCGCAUGCCCAUUGCGCACGAUCAAGAGAGUUCAAUUCGGCAUCAUCAGCCCAGAUGAACUUAAACGGAUGUCCGUUACAGAAGGGGGAAUCAAAUACCCCGAAACAACAGAAGGAGGACGUCCUAAACUUGGUGGCCUUAUGGACCCAAGACAAGGGGUCAUAGAACGAACUGGAAGAUGUCAGACAUGUGCAGGCAACAUGACAGAAUGCCCUGGCCACUUUGGACACAUAGAACUGGCAAAGCCAGUUUUCCACGUUGGCUUUGUGACAAAGAUAAUGAAGGUUCUUCGAUGUGUCUGCUUCUUUUGCUCUAAGCUAUUAGUGGACUCGAACAAUCCAAAGAUCAAAGACAUCCUGAUAAAAUCUAAAGGGCAGCCCAGGAAGCGUUUGACACACGUGUACGAGUUGUGCAAAGGAAAAAACAUCUGUGAAGGAGGCGAGGAGAUGGACAACAAAUUUGGAAUGGAGCAGCAGGAGACUGAGGAGGACAUUACCAAGGAGAAGGGCCACGGUGGCUGUGGGCGCUACCAGCCACGCAUCAGACGCUCUGGCUUGGAACUGUAUGCCGAGUGGAAGCACGUUAAUGAGGAUUCGCAGGAGAAGAAAAUCCUGCUGAGUCCAGAGCGUGUGCAUGAGAUCUUCAAACGCAUCUCGGAUGAAGAGGACAUCAUCUUGGGCAUGGACCCCAAGUUUGCCCGACCAGAAUGGAUGAUUGUUACUGUGUUGCCCGUGCCUCCGCUGGCUGUCAGGCCUGCUGUAGUCAUGCAGGGCUCUGCCCGUAACCAGGAUGACUUGACGCACAAGCUGGCUGACAUUGUCAAAAUCAACAACCAGCUGAGGAGAAACGAGCAGAGUGGUGCGGCAGCUCACGUCAUAGCUGAGGAUGUCAAGCUGCUUCAGUUUCAUGUAGCCACCAUGGUGGACAACGAAUUGCCAGGCCUGCCAAGGGCAAUGCAAAAGUCCGGCCGCCCUCUCAAAUCCAUAAAGCAGCGUCUAAAGGGGAAGGAGGGGCGAGUCCGAGGUAACCUGAUGGGCAAGCGUGUGGACUUCUCCGCCCGAACUGUCAUCACCCCAGACCCCAACCUGCAAAUCGACCAAGUGGGCGUACCACGAUCCAUCGCAGCCAACAUGACCUUCCCAGAAAUUGUCACACCCUUUAACAUUGACAGAUUACAAGAGCUGGUGCGGAGAGGCAACAGCCAGUACCCAGGCGCCAAAUACAUCAUCCGUGACAAUGGAGACAGAAUUGACCUGCGAUUCCACCCAAAACCAAGUGACCUUCAUCUGCAGAUUGGCUACAAGGUGGAAAGACACAUGUGUGACGGCGACAUCGUCAUCUUCAACCGACAGCCUACACUACAUAAAAUGUCCAUGAUGGGGCACAGAGUUCGGAUUCUGCCGUGGUCCACAUUUCGACUUAACCUCAGUGUCACCACCCCAUACAACGCUGACUUUGACGGGGAUGAGAUGAACCUCCACCUGCCUCAGUCCCUCGAGACGAGGGCAGAGAUUCAGGAGCUGGCCAUGGUUCCGCGUAUGAUCGUCACACCCCAGUCCAACAGGCCCGUCAUGGGUAUUGUGCAGGACACCCUCACAGCUGUCCGCAAAUUCACCAAAAGAGAUGUCUUCUUAGAGAGAGGUGAAGUGAUGAACCUCCUCAUGUUCCUCUCCACUUGGGACGGGAAGGUGCCUCAGCCAGCCAUCCUCAAGCCCCGCCCUCUGUGGACAGGCAAGCAGAUCUUCAGCCUAAUCAUUCCUGGACAUAUUAAUGUGAUCCGCACACACAGCACCCACCCUGACGAUGAAGACAGUGGCCCUUACAAACACAUCUCCCCUGGGGACACCAAGGUCAUAGUGGAGAACGGUGAGUUGAUCAUGGGCAUCCUGUGUAAGAAAUCUCUGGGAACCUCAGCCGGCUCCCUCGUCCACAUCUCCUACCUGGAGAUGGGCCACGACAUCACCCGACUUUUCUACUCCAACAUUCAGACUGUGGUCAACAACUGGCUGCUCAUCGAGGGUCAUUCCAUUGGUAUCGGUGACUCCAUUGCUGAUGCCAAGACCUACCUUGACAUCCAGAAUACCAUCAAGAAAGCCAAACAGGAUGUGAUAGAAGUCAUUGAGAAGGCCCACAACAACGAGCUGGAGCCGACCCCUGGUAACACACUGAGGCAGACCUUUGAGAACCAGGUGAAUCGUAUCCUCAACGACGCUCGUGACAAAACGGGAUCCUCAGCCCAGAAGUCUCUGUCUGAGUACAACAACUUCAAGUCCAUGGUGGUGGCAGGUUCCAAGGGCUCAAAGAUUAACAUCUCGCAGGUUAUUGCUGUGGUGGGGCAGCAGAACGUGGAGGGUAAACGAAUCCCCUUCGGCUUCAAACACCGCACGCUGCCUCACUUCAUUAAGGAUGACUACGGCCCUGAGAGCAGAGGCUUCGUGGAGAACUCCUACCUGGCUGGCCUAACUCCAACAGAGUUCUUCUUCCACGCCAUGGGAGGCAGAGAGGGUCUGAUCGACACAGCUGUCAAGACUGCUGAGACUGGUUACAUCCAGCGUCGUCUGAUCAAGUCCAUGGAGUCUGUGAUGGUGAAGUACGACGGCACGGUGCGUAACUCCAUCAACCAGGUGGUCCAGCUGCGUUAUGGUGAGGACGGCCUGGCAGGAGAGAACGUCGAGUUCCAAAACGUGGCAACUCUCAAACCCUCACACAAGGCCUUUGAAAAGAAGUUUAAGUUUGAUUGCACCAACGAGCGAGCGCUGAGGCGGAUGCUGCAGGAGGACGUAGUAAAAGAUGUGCUGACCAAUGCCCAUGUGCAGAGUGCCUUGGAGAGGGAGUUUGAGAAGAUGAAGGAGGACAGGGAUGUCCUCCGAGCCAUUUUCCCCACUGGGGACAGUAAGGUGGUGCUGCCCUGCAACUUGGCCAGGAUGAUCUGGAACGCCCAGAAGAUCUUCCGCAUCAACACUCGCACCCCGACGGACCUCAAUCCUCUUAGGGUGGUCGAUGGUGUUCACGAGCUGAGCAAAAAGCUGGUGAUUGUGAACGGUGACGACCCGCUUAGCAGACAGGCCCAGCAGAACGCCACUCUGCUCUUCAACAUCCACCUGCGCUCCACACUCUGCUCCAAACGCAUGACGGAGGAGUUCCGCCUUUCCACCGAGGCUUUCGACUGGCUGCUAGGAGAGAUCGAGACCAAAUUCAAUCAGUCCAUUGCCCACCCGGGUGAAAUGGUUGGCGCUCUGGCUGCUCAGUCGCUGGGAGAGCCAGCCACCCAGAUGACCCUCAACACUUUCCACUACGCCGGUGUGUCGGCCAAGAACGUAACACUGGGUGUGCCUCGUCUAAAGGAGUUGAUCAACAUCUCCAAGAGGCCCAAAACGCCCUCGCUGACUGUUUUCCUGCUGGGCCAGGCGGCACGUGACGCUGAGAGGGCCAAGGACAUCCUCUGUCGACUGGAGCACACCACACUGCGAAAGGUGACGGCCAACACCGCCAUCUACUACGACCCCAACCCCCAGAACACUGUGGUGGCCGAGGACCAGGAGUGGGUGAACGUCUACUAUGAGAUGCCCGACUUCGAUGUGACGCGCAUUUCACCGUGGCUGCUGCGCAUCGAGCUCGACCGCAAGCACAUGACUGAUCGCAAGCUGACUAUGGAGCAGAUUGCAGAGAAGAUCAAUGCAGGUUUUGGAGAUGACCUGAACUGUAUUUUCAAUGACGACAACGCUGAGAAGCUCGUCCUGCGAAUCAGGAUCAUGAACAGCGACGAGAACAAGUUCCAAGAGGAUGAGGAGGUGGUGGACAAAAUGGAUGACGACGUGUUCUUGAGGUGCAUCGAGUCCAACAUGCUGACAGACAUGACCCUACAAGGCAUCGAGCAGAUCAGCAAGGUGUACAUGCACUUGCCCCAGACUGACAAUAAGAAGAAGAUAAUCAUCACAGAGGAUGGUGAGUUCAAGGCUCUGCAGGAGUGGAUCCUUGAGACGGAUGGCGUGAGCCUCAUGAGGGUCCUCAGCGAGAAGGACGUCGACCCCGUCAGGACCACGUCCAAUGACAUUGUGGAGAUCUUCACGGUCUUGGGAAUUGAGGCUGUGCGAAAGGCUCUGGAGAGGGAGUUGUACCACGUCAUCUCCUUCGACGGUUCCUACGUCAACUACCGUCACUUGGCUCUGCUCUGUGACACCAUGACAUGCCGCGGUCACCUGAUGGCCAUCACACGUCACGGCAUCAACCGUCAAGACACGGGACCUCUCAUGAAGUGUUCCUUUGAGGAGACGGUGGAUGUGUUGAUGGAGGCGUCCUCCCACGGUGAGAGUGACCCCAUGAAGGGUGUGUCCGAGAACAUCAUGCUCGGCCAGCUCGCCCCGGCUGGUACGGGAUGCUUUGACCUGCUGUUGGAUGCUGAGAAGUGUAAAUACGGCAUGGAGAUCCCUACAAAUAUACCUGGCAUCAGCGUGGCUGGACCCACUGGCAUGUUCUUUGGCACUGUGCCGAGUCCCAUGAGUGGUAUGUCACCUGCCAUGACUCCAUGGAACACGGGAGCAACACCGGCCUACGGUGCCUGGUCCCCCAGUGUUGGAAGCGGCAUGACCCCUGGAGCAGCAGGUUUCUCUCCCAGUGCAGCAUCAGACGCAAGUGGCUUCUCUCCAGGCUACUCCCCGGCCUGGUCUCCCACUCCUGGAUCUCCAGGAUCUCCAGGACCUGCCAGCCCGUACAUCCCAUCUCCAGGUGGAGCCAUGUCGCCCAAUUACUCACCCACCUCCCCGGCCUACGAGCCCCGCUCCCCCGGAGGCUACACCCCACAGAGCCCCGGCUACUCCCCAACAUCACCCUCCUACUCUCCCACUUCUCCCUCUUACUCCCCCACCAGCCCCAACUACAGCCCGACAUCUCCUUCCUACUCACCCACCUCGCCCAGUUACUCCCCAACCUCCCCGUCCUAUUCCCCAACGUCUCCAUCUUACUCCCCGACCUCCCCCUCCUACUCCCCCACCUCUCCGUCCUACUCCCCCACAUCCCCCUCCUACUCUCCCACCUCACCGAGCUACAGCCCGACAUCGCCGAGCUACAGCCCGACGUCGCCGAGCUACAGCCCGACGUCGCCCAGCUAUUCCCCCACCUCCCCCUCUUACUCCCCCACCUCCCCCUCUUACUCCCCCACCUCCCCGUCCUACUCCCCCACCUCUCCUUCUUACUCGCCAACCAGCCCGAGCUACAGCCCCACAUCACCAAACUACACGCCCACCUCGCCCAGUUACUCCCCGACCUCUCCCUCCUACUCCCCUACAUCACCCUCUUACUCCCCAACCUCCCCCAACUACACCCCGACCAGCCCCAACUACUCCCCCACUUCUCCCUCGUACUCCCCCACCUCUCCAUCUUACUCGCCCUCCAGUCCACGUUACACCCCACAGUCGCCAACCUACACGCCCAGUUCCCCCUCAUACAGCCCCAGCUCCCCCUCCUACUCCCCCACCUCCCCCAAAUACACCCCAACCUCACCAUCAUACAGCCCAAGCUCCCCGGAGUACACCCCCACCUCUCCCAAAUACUCCCCCACCUCUCCAAAGUACUCCCCUACAUCGCCGAAGUACUCGCCCACCUCUCCCACCUACUCCCCGACGACUCCAAAAUACAGCCCCACCUCUCCUACCUACUCUCCCACCUCCCCCACCUACACUCCCACCAGCCCCAAAUACUCCCCUACCUCCCCUACUUACUCCCCAACUUCACCCAAGUACUCGCCCACGUCUCCUACGUACUCGCCAACUAGUCCUAAAGGCUCCACGUACAGCCCCACCUCCCCUGGAUACAGCCCCACCUCUCCCACCUACAGCCCGGCCAUCAGCCCAGACGACAGCGAUGAGGAGAACAACUGAUGAGCCGCAGAGGAGAAGGGGAGGCAGCUGAAGAGACCCCGUCACCUCAUGGUGGACACCCGAAGGACAGCACCCUUUUACCAGUUGGAAAUCUCUCCUUUGGGACUUCUGUUAUGCUCCAGUCUUGACCAUCUGAGGCCCCCCUUUACCACAAGAAAUUGAAAGACUUGAACUGCUUUGCCUGAAGGAAAAAAAGGCUGCCUUUUGAAAUAGUUUUUUUUAAUUUUCACAUGGGGUGUUGGCAAAACUGCAAAUCCUGAGAGGGAAUUAAAAGGAGAGGAAGAUGUGGUGAACACGUAACAGGGAGAAAUGUCCCUUUUUAACUUUAUAGUGUACUGCAUCCAGUCUCUCUCUCAUUCUCUAAACAUUGGGUGUGUAGUUGUGGAGAACGUACAUAUUGCCAAAAGCCUUUUGAAAAGUGGAUUGUAUUCAUCACUUAAGCAGAAGCUCUAAAGAAAAUCAAGGAUGUAAGGUUUAGACUUUGUUUACUGCAUAUUUCACCGAGGUGUAUCUUGUUAGACCUUUUGCUGCUUUUGUAAAAGUAUACUUGCUGCCAGUUUUGGGGGCAUUUUGUGGAUCAAAGAUGGAGCUUUAGGUGUUUGAUAUAUAUUAAAAUGGCUGGGUCCGAUUAUCUACAGAAGGUUGGAUGAUCAGCAGGAAUACAUGAUAGGAGAGAGAAACUGGCUUGCAGGGGGGGGGGAUUUGCUCUUGAACAUCAUCGACUACAUAGGUGUAUGUACCCAUCGCCUCCCCUCUUCCUCUUUCACACCCCAAAGACAAAACCUGAAAGAUGUCAUGAAAACACCCACCAGCAUCCUCUUGUCCUCCUGACCAUUUUGGAGAGUUGUGCAUCGAGACAAAAAAAAAACUUUUCCAGAUAAUAUUCUUCCCUUGACUCUGGGAAUUUAAAGAUUUAUAUGAAAGAAAUAAUCAGAAUGAAUAUUCUGUCUUUAAUUUUGAUUCUAGGAGGAAAUGGGGCACACGUGGACGAGGGAUACUAGUUUGGCGUUGCUGCUUUUGUCAUUGUUUGCAUGAGUAGCACAUGUUAAUACAUUUUAAUCAAGCUUUAGGUUGAAAUUAUUUUCAAAUCCCUCCCACUUGCUAAUCUUCGUCCCAUUUUCUGAUAGCUGACAUUUACACAGGUUUAUUUGGACUAUUCAAUUUAUUUAAGAAAAGUUAACUACUAUUCUGUGUGAAUAUGAAUAGAGGAGAAAUAAGAAUUUAAAAAACG